AUGGCACAUAAAGGGUGGCAGCAUAGGCAGAAAGUGGGUGGAGGCUUGGAUGAAGAAGAACUCGACAGCACAGCAGCGGCAGCAGUUCGAGCAACUGUUCCAUUCAAUGACCUCCGUCCAGGCAUCUGGUGGUGUACGCUUAGCACUGCUCAUCUCCCCCACGCAUACACACACACAAACUUCUGCUCUCAGCUCUCAUCCCCCUCGAACUACACCCCCUCGUUCGUAGGGAUCAUUGAUUUGUAG